AUGUUUUUAUUCUUGGUUAAUUUCUAUCUUUGUUUGAAGUUGGCUCAUACUAUUCAGUCUAGCUUGGAUCUAUCGUGUGAAAAUCUUUUACCAGGACAAUACAUCUGUGACUCCCCUCUGAUAGACGAGCUUACCCAGCAGCCAAGGAAUUGCUCUCCCUUUUUGAAAGCUCCAGUUAACUGCAGACCGGCUCCAGGAAUCCACUGUAGUGGAAAGCUUUACAGUGGUACAGAAAUUGGUUUUCAAAAGCUAAUAGAUUGCCGUCGAGUGACUGGAUAUAAGUUUGAUCUGGCAUUAUUGCUCUCAGUAUUUGGUGGACUGUUUGGCUUAGACCGAUUUUAUCUUGGGUACCCAGCUUUGGGUUGCUUGAAAUUCUUCACAUUCGGUGGUUUUGGUCUCUGGUAUCUCAUCGAUAUACUGCUAAUUUCGGUUGAAACUGUUGGGCCUGCCGACGGAUCGUCUUUUCUUCGACCAUACUACGAUCCUAUAGUGAAACUUCUCUGCCGGACUAACUUUACAGUGUAUGCUGGUUGA